CUGACAUUUCUGUAGAGGGUGUGGGUCACGUUGGUUGUAUGAGGAGAGCAGCGCUUGCGUCUGUGCUUCUUUGUUAGGGCACUGGAAAGCUAUGGGCCGCGCGACACAGGCGCUCAGCAAAAGCAGAAACUCGUCUGUUACAGAACCCGGGCACACAAGCAACAACACAGACAUACCCACACGCACACUGCACACGCAUACAUUAGACACACAAACGCUUUUAUCGAAUCUCGAGGAAAGAUGACGCACAAGCAACACGCUGAUCAUGACACACACCCCCCCUCUCCCCUCUCCCCUCCCCCCCCCCUUUCGCCGUGUUUUCGGCACUUUUUUCGUGUGCGUGUCUGGUUGUUAUCGGUUUCGCAACGGCGAGUCGAGCAAAGCAAUGUUUCCAAAGCGGGUGUGAAUACCUAAUUAGGGUUCGUUCGGCUGGGGGGGACCACGCCCCCCCUAGCUCGACUAGCGAGGAUUUAAUGUACCUGAUGUAUAGAAGCAUACGUAUGCAUGCGAGUAUAGAGUAUAUACACGCACAUAUGUAAAGUACUAUGGUAAAGGUACUGCGAUAAGCAGGUCGCAACACGCGGAUCGUACUUUGGAAUGCAACCAGUAUUGGAUAGGCGAGUUGGGAUGUCAUCACAUUUGCCAAGGUUUUGUGAAUGCUAGAUUGAUC